CACUAGUUUGAUGGAAUGGCCUUGCUUCACCAGUUCAGGAUGGAGAAGCGUACAGUGACAUACAGGAGCAUGUUUCUACAGAGUGAGAAACUUGUUCACAAUCAAAUUGUAGUCUCAGAAUUCGGCACACUGGCUGUCCCUGAUCCAUGCAAGAAUAUUUUUGAAUGUUUCAUGUCAAAGUUUGAGAUGCCUGCAAUAACUGACAACACCAAUGUCAACUAUGUACAGUGUAAGGGUGAUUACUACAUUAGUACUGAGACCAACUUUAUGAAUAAAGUAGAUAUUGAAACCCUGGAAAAAACAGAAAAGGUGGAAUGGAACAAAUUUAUUGCUGUGAAUGGAGCAACUGCCUGUCUUCAUUAUGAUCCAGAUGGAACAGCAUACAACAUGGGGAACUCCUAUGGGGCACUCAAGCAUGGUUUCUGCUAUAAUGUUAUUUGGGUUCCUCCAGAGAAGGUGGACCUUGGGGAGACAAUCCAUGGAGCCCAGGUGAUACGUUUUAUUGCUUCUGCAGAGAAGAUGAAGCCUUCUAACAACCAUAGUUUUGGAAUGACAAGGAACUACAUAAUCUUCAUUGAACAGCCUCUAAAGAUGAAUCUGUGGAAAAUCACUUCCAAAAUUCAGGAAAAGGCCUUUUCAGAUGGGGUAAGCUGGGAACCCUAGUAUAAUAUGUGAUUCCAUUUGGUGAAUAAGCCCACUGGACAGUUGGACCCUGGGAGGCACUGCAGUAAACCUUUUGUUACUUAUCAUCAAAUCAGUGCCUUUGAGGACCAGGGCUGUGUUGUAAUUGAUUUGUGCUGUCAAGAUAAUGGAAGAAGCCUAGAAGUUUACCACCUACAGAAUCUCAGGAAAGCUGGAGAAGGGCUUGAUCAGGUAAACAUGUUUGAUUCAUCAGGAACUGAUUUGCAGGUUUGGAGAGAAGAUGGCUUUUGUCCCUCAGAACCUGUUUUUGUUCCAGUACCAGGAGCCAGUGAAGAAGAUGUUGGGGUUAUUCUUUCUGUGAUGAUCACCCCCAACCAGGAUGAAAGCAAUUUUCUCUUGGUCAUAGAUGCCAAGAACUUUCAAGAACUGGGCAGAGCAGAAGUGCCUGUGCAAAUGCCUUAUGGGUUCCAUGGUACCUUCGUACCCAUCUGA